CCCCUAGGGUGUGAGGGGCGGGGCGCGACCCACCGCUACGUCCCGCCCUUGCCGUAGCAGUGAGCUAAAACGAAGUCAUAGUCCGGUCCCGCAGAGGACAAUCGGCUCCUCCAUACACCCGCACCAUGCCCACAAUACUGGGUUACUGGGACAUCCGAGGGCUGGCUCACGCCAUCCGUCUGCUCCUGGAAUACACAGACUCAAGCUAUGAGGAGAAGAGAUACACGAUGGGGGAUGCUCCCGACUAUGACAGAAGCCAGUGGCUGAAUGAGAAAUUCAAGCUGGGCCUGGACUUUCCCAACCUUCCUUAUUUGAUUGAUGGAAUUCACAGGAUCACCCAGAGCAACGCCAUCCUGCGCUACAUUGCCCGCAAGCACAACCUGUGUGGGGAGACAGAAGAGGAGAAGAUUCGUGUGGACAUUUUGGAGAACCAGGCUAUGGACAUCUCCAAUCAGCUGGCCAGAGUCUGCUAUAGCCCAGACUUUGAGAAACUGAAGCCAGAGUACUUGGAGGGCCUCCCAGAGAUGAUGAAGCUCUUCUCACAGUUCCUGGGGAAGCAGCCAUGGUUUGUUGGUGAUAAGAUCACCUUUGUGGAUUUCCUUGCUUAUGAUAUACUUGACCUGCACCGAAUAUUUGAGCCCAAGUGCCUGGAUGAGUUUCCAAACCUGAAGGACUUCAUAUCCCGCUUUGAGGGCCUGAAGAAGAUCUCUGCCUACAUGAAGUCCAGCCGCUUCCUCCCAAGACCUGUGUACACAAAGGUGGCCACAUGGGGCAACAAGUAGGGCCUUGAAAGGAUAGGAUCAGGGAGUAAGGAGCCUGUUCUCUUCCUGCUGCCAGGGCCCUGGGGAACGGCCAGAUACCUUGCAGCUCUGGCACCACCUUUUCAUUUUUUUCUCCUCCUUUCCACUCCCCUGUCAUACCCAAGGCCUUAUUGGCCCUUCUUUCUCCCUCUAAUCCUGAGAUAGGAAUUAGGAGAUUACAGAAAAAGAAAGACUGAACAAGUCUCAAAAAAGAAGCUCCAAAACACCCUUAUGCCUUUGAAAGCCAAAACAAAUACUCCUGAGCAACUUUGCCUGUGUCCUUAACCCGUGUCAAUAACCCAUGCCCAUGCAUACAAAUUGUUACAUGAGGGUAGUAUAUAGUUGGUAGAAAAACUGAUGUGAAAUUGUGUAACCCUGUGCUGGCUUUGCCUCUAGUCCAGCCCGCAGCUCUUCCCUGCUCUGAAUCAUAAUACCCUAUACCAAGGAGUUGCUGUCUCUCUUUCUGGAGAUAGGGUCCCGCAAUCCUCUUUGAGGAUUUGUCCCCAAUUAUCUGAGUACCUCUUACUAGGCCCUGUCUCCUAAAGGUUCUACUGUCACCUGAUAGUGCUACCUUGGUGCCCAAGCCUUUAACACAUGAGCCUUUGAGGGAUGUUCAGGAUCCAAACUGAAGCAUUAGCCAUUCAGGGAAGACUUGGAUAAGAGAUAUUGUUGCUCAUCAAGAAAGUUCUCUUAUUCAAAAGCUAUAUUUCUAGAAAAGCAUAUCCAAAAGUGGGUCAAGACUUAAACAGAUGUUUCUAAAAAAUGAAUAUCCAAAUGGCCAAUAAACAUACAAAAACAUGGUAAACACAAUUACAUAGUAAUUACUAACAUCAUAGAAUCCAGGUGUAUACUCACUAGGAUGGCUGACAUUCAGUGAACUGACAGUAGUUAGGAAUUUAUGGAGUAACUGUAACUCUCAUACGUUGUGUGGAUGGGACAAUCACUUUGUAAUGCUGGCAGCAUCACCUAAACCUAAACAUGCCACUGCCUGUGACCUGGGAACCUUCUCAACAAGAAUGAAUGUUUUUGUUUCCCAAAAGACAUGUAAGACCUGGACAACGAGAUUUGAAAGCAGCUUGAUUUUAAAUAGACCACAACUGACCACAACAUAAAUUCUGUCAAUGAAGAAUGAACAAAUAAACCAUGGUUUAUUAAUAUAAUUCCAUUAUUCAUGUUAUGACAAGGUAUGCUACAGUUAAAAAUAAAUGCACUGGCAGAUCCAAGAUUA